GAGAAUGAAUUCUUGUUUUAGAUCUCCCUUCCGACCGGUGAGGGCUGUGGAGAGGAGGAACAGGCAGAGCCACGGUGCGCAACGUCAUCAACCCAGACGGGGAGCGCUGUGGCAAUCGCGCAUUGGUCAACGGCGAUUGCCCACGCUGCCCAAUGGGAGCGGGACGGAGCGUACAAAAGGGGGCGUGGCCCGGGGCUCUGUUCCUUCUGGCAAGAGCACUAACGGGACGCUCGGGAGCGAGACGGGAGGAGCGAACCCGGAAGUGCUACGCUGGUCCCGCCCUGUUUUACCUCAGGGGAAGGAGGAAGGACGGACGAUUGUUUUGUUUUGUUAUUUUCCGUCCUCGUUGUUUUUGGUUCUUUUUUGUGAAGUUCUUUUUUCUCCCCCCCCCUGUUCCUUUUGCUUUGUGGUUGCCGGGUUACACAUCGUUGUGUAUCCCGGCUCCAUUAUUAUUUCUAUUGUGGCCAAAUAAAGCCGGGCAGCAGUAAAAGUGAAAAUCGAGACUGGUUUCUUUUAUUUCCCUAUCACCCACUCAGCUACCUGUCACACGUGGUGUCCAGAAGUGGGAUGGACCCCGCUGCUUUAUCAGCGAUUUUGGAGGCGUUGGACAGCCGGAGGGAGGCUGAGGAACGGAGGAGGGAGGAGCGGUACACAGCCCUCAUCGAAAGGGUCGGGAUGGGGAUGACGUCGGCGGCAACCGGCCCCGUGAUGGUGGCCCCGAAGGCCCGGGCUCAGAAGAUGACGGCGGAGGAUGACCCCGAAGCCUACCUCGUAGCCUUCGAACGGCUGGCUACCACCGCAGCAUGGCCCCGGGAGUACUGGGCAAGCCAACUUGGCCCCUGCUUGAUGGGAGAAGCGCAAGCAGCAUACCGGGCCAUGACUGAUGAAGACGCCAGCCAGUACGAGUUGGUGAAGCAGGCUAUCCUCCGCCGCCUUAAUAUCACGGGGGAGACCCACCGAGUCCGCUUCCGGGAGUUCCAGCGACCAGCAAACACCCGGCCCAGGGUGGUGGCCCAACGAUUGUGCGACCACAUGGCGCAAUGGCUGAACCCCAGCCAGAAAACUGGGAUCCAGAUGGGGGAAGCCAUUGUAAUGGAACAAUUUUGCCAUGUGGUCGGGGCGGAGACGCAAGCGUGGAUACGCCGGCACAAUCCCACCACUCUGGAACAGGCCGUGGCCCUGGCGGAGAAUUUUGAGGACUCCCUCGUGUCCGCCCGCACCACGUUGCUGGACUGCACCCCUCCCUCCUCUACUAAAGGACCACCACCGAACCUCGCUCCCGGACCACGACCCAGCAAAUCACCAGCCCCGUCGGGUCAUCCAGCCCCCUUACCGUGGAGGCAGAGGUUGGCCCCCAGCUGGGGUGCCAGCAGUCGGGACACAUCGCGAGAUACUGCCCGGCCGCUAUGGAAUGCGAUGUGGCUGCAUGUCACCUGGCGUCUGAGACGGGAAAACACGUAA